AUCUUCGGACUUUCCUUCAUUCUCAAACCUCUCUUCUCUUUUCUUCUCUCUCUAAAUUCAUCUUCUACUGAUCUUCUUUUUCUUUCUCCAAAAAACCAAAAAUUACAAACACUUCGUUUUCGUUUUUUCUCAAUGGAAUUGCGUGUUCUUCCAACUUACUCUGAUUCUUUUAUGAAAUACAUCAACCAAUGGAGAAGGUAGGUAUGAAAUUCAAUGUGGAAGAAGAUGAUUCAACAGAGCUUCCAAAGUUUAAAGAUGUGAAGAAAAUGGCGAAUGAGAUCAAUACAAAGCUUAAUUCUGAGUUGGAAUCGAGAAACAAAGAGUCCGCCGUAGGAAAGGCUGAGGGAUUGGAAUCUGUGAAGAGAAACAAAAACUCCGCCGUGGAAAAGGCUGAGGGAUUGAAAUCUGUGAAGAGAAACAAAGACUCCGCCGUGGAAAAUGCUGAGGGAUUAAAGCUUCAAUUGGCAGAGAAAACAGAGCAGCUCUCUGUUUUGAAAAAUUCUGAACUACAAACAGAAUCAAGAAUCGAAGAACUGGAGAAAAAGUACCGAAUUUCCAAAGAAUCAGAGGAGAAAACAAAGGAUUUAAUAUUAGCACAAACAGAACAGCUAGAACAAGCAAAGGUUUCCCUCGAAGAGUCAAAGCUAGAAAUCCAAUCCCUUCAUGAAAAGCUCCAAAAAUGUUCUUCCAACACCAAUAAUGACAACCACAACAUUCCAGGAAACCACGAAUUCGAAAGCCUAAAAUUCGAGCUCGAAUCGACGAAACAAAAUCUGGCUCUGCUAAAAAACGAGCUAAAGUUAGCCACAGAAGCAGAGGAAAACAACAAGAAGGCCAUGGAUGAUCUAGCUAUGGCAUUAAAAGAAGUAGCAACAGAAGCCAAUCAUUUCAAAGGAAAAUACAGCACAAGUGAAGAGGAAUUAAAGCAAAGAAAGGAAGAAACAGAGAACUUGAGAACAACAUUGAAAACCAUAGAAGAAAAGAACAAAACUCUGUUACAAGAGGCAAGAAAAGAGGCUGAUUUAUACAAAAGCACAGUAGAUAGGCUGAGAUUAGAAGCAGAAGAAUCUCUAUUAGCAUGGAGUGGAAGAGAAACAAGCUUAGUGGAUUGUAUAAGAAGAGCUGAAGAUGACAGAUACAAUGCGCAACAAGAGAAUCGCCGCUUAAUGGAUUCGCUGAGGCUAGCCGAUCUCAAGAACAUGACAUCAAAAGAAGAGAUCAAGAAAUUAAGAGACAUUCUAAAACAAGCCUUAAAUGAAGCUACUGUGGCCAAGGAAGCUGCAGGAAUUGCAAUAGAGGAGAAUUCACAGCUAAAAGAUUGUUUAGUCGAGAAGGAAAAUGCAUUGGAUUUUGUUAGCACUGAGAAUGAGACUCUAAAAGUCAGCCAAGCUUCAGCUCUAGAGGAGAUUAAGGAGUUGAAGCAAUUGCUAGAAGAAGCAACCAAGAAAGAAGGGAACGGUAAAGAGGAAAGCAAGAGCAAAGAGGAGAACAAGAGCAAAGAGGAGAGCAAGAACAAAGAAGAAGGAAAAGAGCAAGUGGAGAUGACGAAAUCAAAACCGCCGUUGAGUCCAAGUCCAAAUCAGAAUCCAAGUCCGAGUCCAGCCGAGAAGGAGGAUACAUUUGGGAAAAGGUUAGGGAAAGCUUUCAGUUUUAGUUUCUUGGAGUUGAGAAUCUCACCACAGAAGAAGGAGGUGGAAGAAGAAGCAGAAGAUGAAGAGCCUGAAAUGGAGGAGACGCUUAAAGGGUCCAUUUUUGACGAGAAUGUUGAUUCACCUGGUUCGGCAAGGCUGCACGAGAGGAGGCCAUCGUUGUCUCAGUAUAGUGAAGAUGGGGAGCUGAUGCAUUUUGAUGGUGAGGAUCUGGAUCAGUUGGAAGAAGGGAAUUUGGAUGAGUUAGAAGGAGAUAGGAAUUCAAGGAAGAAGAAGGCAUUGAUAAGGAGAUUUGGGAUCUUUUGAUGAGGAGGAGGAGCUUUCAACAGAAAGAAGGAACAAUCACCUGAGUGAAGUUUUUGUGAUGUUAAUGCAGUUUUGAUUUUUUUUUUUUUUUUUUCUUUUGAUCUUUUUGUAAAACUGUAAAUUCAUACAAGUAGUUUACAUUGUGUAUUUAUGUGGUUUUUCUUCUUUUUUCUUUUUGGUGCCUAAAGAUGUCUUCUUCUUCAAUCAAAUGAGAAUAGUUUGUGUUAGCUGGUUUCAAGAUAUUCCAGUUCCCUA